CAUUCAACUUCCGGUUGCAGAGAGAGACACAUGAGAUGGCCUCUUUAGAUCAUUUAAAGAUAUUUCGGCGAUUAUUUAACUUAAGAAGAGCAUGUUUACAAACACGAACGUAUGCUCAAAAUAGCAGUCAAGGAUCCUUGAGUUCAUCUGAGACGGACAAGUCAGAUCCCCAAACAACAUUACCUCCCUCAUCAGGUGGUGGGCCAACAAUGCCUCAUUUUGCUCAAGACCCUCUACCAAUAUUUCUACAGAGGAGAGUUCAAGAAGUUUUAUUAAAGAUAUCCAGGCUUAAUAUGGAUGAUUUUGUCAGAAUCCGUAAAACAGACCACCAUGUGAAACCUCGCUACGAAUUAAUGUCAGAUGUGGAGCUGCGAAGGAUGGAAGUGAAAGCAAUGGAGAGGGCAACAGAAAUGCUGAAAAUGCCACCAUUUAUGAAAGCCCCAAACCUAAAGGUAGAAGUGUUGUCACAUGAUCCAGAGAUUGCCCCAGCAUUGACAUCAAAAUGGGUGUUUGUUGACAUCUCCAGCGGAGUACACAAUAGGGAUAGAAUAAUAGUUGUUCGGGAUAACGAUGGCAAACUGAGGAAAGCUAUCCCUGAUGAGCGAAGACGGGCUAACCUUCUUUACUACCCCAAAUUUGGAGUAUCUAUAGUACAGCCAAAAAUGUUUGAGCAAGACCAGUUAGAGCACUUGCUGGAGAACAGAUUGACCGAUAUCAGAUAUAUACUGGACCGAGCAUGUACCCAGUUUGAGCCAGAUGACCCGAACUUCAUCAGAGUUACAAGUACCAUUUAUGAGUAUGUAUGGAAGAACAGAUGUUUUAAUGAUUUGGGGUCCACACGAUUCUUCGGCCCAAUGUCUUUCUAUUUCAUCUUAAAGAAGGACAUUACAUAUCUGCUAGUGGACAUGAUACAACACGAUUUACUGACGGAUGCUGUCAGUUUAAUACACCUAUACAAACACAUCUACAAAAAUGAGAAAAUCCCUACGCCAUAUGGAAUAUCACAGAACAAAGAGACCCAGUUGUCUACGAUACAGAGAUUCUGUAAAACCGAUAGUGACCAGAAGCAACAGAAUUGGGCAGAAGUAGAGUCAGCAAUCAGAUCAUACCGACUGUCUCUGACUGACCGGGCCACGGCUUCCUGACUUCAGGCUAAAACAAACUGUGUUUAUGUAUGGAAAGUGUGUGAGUGAAAGUUACCCAGAGGAGACUGAAUUUUAUAUGCGAGAAAUAAAGUGAUUUAUUGAUG